GUCUGGAUCGGUGCACUUUCUUUCUUUCGAUGUCAGCCAGUCUAUAGAAACCUUAACUUUAGGUCAAACCCGCACUACUUCAUUUUUAAAUGCGUUUCAGAACGUUUAGUCUUAAAAAGUCUUGGGCACGAAGUGAGUGAGUGAAGAAACGGGGCGACGGGACUGUGGAGGCACCCACUUGAAGAGAAGUUAAGGGCUUUCUGUAAAGAAUCUAAUGAUCCUCGCAGAAGGUUAGAUGGACAUUUAAAGGAAUAAGACAACUUGAAGAAUAUGAUGAUGACUGAGAAAGAGCUGGUGAUAGACAACGUCAUAACAGAUGCAAUGGCCACUCCAUCUCCAGCCAAGAGUAUGGGAGACCCAGGCAUCACGCCACUCUCCCCCACACAUGCACUGAUGGACUCAGAACAGAAUGAGCCCCCAAGACACCACUUUGUGGUGGUGGUGGCCAUCGACUUCGGCACCACCUCCAGUGGCUACGCAUAUGCCUUUACUAAAGAACCGGAGUGCAUUCACACCAUGAGGCGUUGGGAGGGUGGAGACCCAGGUGUGUCCAAUCAGAAGACACCCACUACCAUUCUACUGACUCCAGACAGGAAGUUCCACAGUUUUGGUUAUGCAGCAAGAGAUUUCUACCAUGACCUGGAUCCCACAGAGUCUAAACAGUGGCUUUACUUGGAGAAGUUUAAAAUGAAACUACACACAACUGCUAAUUUGUCGAUCGACACAGAUCUGCAUGCAGCCAAUGGGAAAAAGGUGAAAGCUCUGGAUAUAUUUGCCUAUGCGCUGGCCUUUUUUAAGGAGCAGGCCCUUAAGGAGCUGAGUGACCAGGCAGGGGCGGAGUUUGAUAAUGCUGACGUCAGAUGGGUCAUCACUGUACCAGCCAUCUGGAAGAUGCCGGCCAAGCAGUUUAUGAGAGAGGCAGCGUAUAAGGCUGGUCUGGUUUCUCGUGACAUCCCCGAGCAGCUGAUCGUUGCUCUUGAACCCGAGGCUGCGUCCAUUUAUUGCCGAAAGCUCCGCCUCCACCAAAUGGUUGAUUUGGGCACCAAAACAGCCCUGAACGGUUACAGCCCAACAGAUAAUGUUGGAGGGGGAAUGACACAGGCCAAGGAGCAUGUGCGCCGUAACCGACAGAGCCGCACCUUUCUCGUGGAGAAUGUCAUAGGAGAGCUGUGGUCUGAACUCACUGAAGGCGACCGUUAUGUAGUUGUGGAUUGUGGAGGCGGGACAGUGGAUCUUACGGUGCAUCAGAUCCGAAUGCCUGAGGGGUGUCUGAAGGAACUGUAUAAAGCCUCAGGAGGCCCGUAUGGUUCUAUCGGAAUAGAUUAUGAGUUUGAGAAGCUCUUGUGUAAGAUAUUCGGACAGGAUUUCAUCGACCAGUUUAAGAUCAAGCGUCCUGCUGCAUGGGUGGAUCUGAUGAUUGCGUUUGAGUCUCGUAAGAGGGCGGCGGCACCUGACCGAAGCAAUCCACUAAAUAUUAAUCUGCCCUUCUCUUUCAUCGACUACUACAAGAAAUUCAGAGGACACAGCGUGGAGCAUGCACUAAAGAAGAGCAAUGUGGACUUUGUGAAGUGGUCAUCGCAGGGCAUGCUAAGGAUGAAUCCAGAUGCAAUGAAUGCACUGUUCAAACCAACUAUAGACCACAUUAUACAGCAUCUGAUGGAGUUAUUUGAAAGGCCGGAAGUGACAGACAUCAAGUUCCUUUUCCUGGUGGGUGGGUUCGCCGAGUCUCCACUACUCCAGCAGGCAGUUCAGAAAAUGCUUCAGGGCCGUAGCCGAAUUAUUAUCCCACAUGACGUGGGCUUGACCAUCCUCAAGGGGGCGGUGUUGUUCGGCCUGGAUCCCAGCGUCAUAAAGGUGCGCCGCUCUCCUCUCACUUAUGGUGUGGGCGUCCUGAAUCGUUUCAUAGAAGGGAAACACCCACCAGAGAAGAUGCUUGUGAAGGACGGAACACGCUGGUGCACCGACGUCUUCGAUACGUUCAUCUCUGCUGAUCAGUCAGUUGCACUGGGUGAAACGGUAAAACGCAGCUACACGCCUGCGAAGCCUUCACAGCAGGUGAUUGUGAUUCACGUAUAUUGCUCGGAAAAAGAGUCGGUCAGCUUCAUCACGGACCCAGGUGUGAGGAAGUGUGGUUCACUGAAGCUGGAUGUGAGCGGUACUGAGAGUCCAGCGGCACGAAGAGAGAUCCAGACACUCAUGCUGUUUGGAGACACUGAGAUAAGAGCUAUGGCUGUCGACGUGGCAACUUCUCGCAGUGUCAAAGCUAGCAUUGAUUUCCUUAGUCAAUAGGAGAAGAGGGAGAAUUAGUAAAUGAUACACUGCAAAAAUUAUUUUCUUAAUAAGUAUUGUGUCUUGCUUUCCAGUUAAAGUAUCUAAACAUCCUUUAAACAAGAUAACUUUACUUUUGUGGGUGCAAUGUCUAUAAAAUGAUUUUUAAAAACCCUUAUCCAGUAAUCAUUAACGUUGAAAAACUCAUGGAAAUUCAUUGUUCAAAAGGUGUGAGAAUUUAGCUUAAAACAAGAAAAAACUAUUUGCCAAUGGGUAAGAAAAAUAAAUGUAAUCCUAUUAUGUUAUCCAUUUUUGCUUCAAGUAAUUUAUCUUGUUUUAAGAGGUAAUACAUAUAUAUUUUUACUGGAAAACAAGACAAAAUAGCGAUAAAGCAAAUUAUUCUUGCUGUGUAGAAGGACAGAGAAAAAGAAAGAAAAAAAGAGAGAAAGAGAAAUUAAGGUUUGGAGUCUCAGCUAAUGCACAAUGAUCACCGACCCUUCAUGAAACCGUUGCUUGAAGUAUUUGUGCCAUUCAUGAUAUUUUAUUUGGUUGUUUUAUAGAUUUAACAACUGGACUCUAGAAAGAAUUUGUCAUAUCUGGCAUAGAGGGCUAAGCCUAAGUUGAGUUAUAUUUAAAUUAUGUCUCUUUUACAUAUCAGUUAGGUUUUAUACGUUCACUUCAUCAGUCAAUUAUUCUCUGGAUGCUUCUAUUAAUAGUCUAUUUGCAGUAUCUUAGUAGCUAUUUUAUGCACAGAGAUGCAAAAACUGCAUGGAUAGAGCUAAAAAUACAGCUGUGUAUUGCUAGAAGUUCUAGUUUGGAAUAGCACCAUGUAUGAACUUAGCAGGUCAGCAUAGCGUUAAGUUCAGGUUAAGUCAGCUACAUCAGUCUUAUAAACACAUCAUGGCAGAAAUAGAAUAUUGUUCUCUCAUGAAACUCCCUGCUUUGCUCUUAAACUCUGGUCUGUUACCUCCAAGGCUAAGUCCAAAACCUGUUCAUUCAUUUAGAUCAUAAUGAAGACGUGAAAUCAUGUUUUCAGAUGGCUUUGGCUACACCAAUUUAUUCAAUCCAUAUUAAAGUCACGGCGUGGGAUGAAACCUCAAGUCUCAGUCAGACAGAUGCAGAAAAUCAGGUUCAUAUGUUCCUCAUCUCAAACAGAAUUAGAAUCUUUGAAAAAGAGCUCUGAAGAGAGAGACUGGUACCUCUCAGAACCACUGAUCAAACCUGAGCUACCCAUUACAAAGAUGCUGAUGCCUGUGAUAAAAUAACCUUCAGUCUUUCACCUAGUGCUACAGAACUACACAGCAAAAAUCUCAGCUUUCUUUUUUUGGUUUUAUGUUCUUAUUCUAAUAUUUGAUGAUUUUGACAUUUUUUUGUGUGUGUUAUAUCAUUUUUCUACUUGCAUGUCAAGGCAUGUUAUGAAAUCAUGAGUUCUGGACAUGUACAGUGACUCCAUUUGGCAUGCUGGUAGAGACGUGUUUUUAAAGAGAGAUUGAGGGUGGCAUUUCUUUUGUUACAAAUUUCGACACUUCUUUUCAUAUUAUCUGCCAGUAUGUUUCUCUAAGCUAAAUGAGAAUGCUUAAAUCCUAAAAUGUGAAUUUAAAUCAUCAUUCAAAGUGGCAAUGAAAGAGGAGCCACUAGCUGCACCCGCAACAUGAUUUUAAACGAUAGCCAUCGCUAUAUUCUAGUUGCCUUUAAUCCUGCUUCUAAGAAAAAGAAGCCACUGAUAAUUUUUUCCUGUUUUAUUUGUAUUUUUAUUUAGUUUCAUGUAGAAUAUGUGACAAAUUGUUUAUUGUUUAUUUCUGUAUAUACAGUAUUUAAAGUUAUUGUACAGAUUUUUAGCAUUAUUUUAGCAUUAGCGGCUUUAUGAGCUGUGUGUGUAUGCAGGCUACAAGAGGACAAAUUUUUUUCACUCUCACCAGCCUUCAUAUGAAUUGUAAAUGCAGAUAUCACCCUAAUUCAAAUCAUAACCCCAUGCCACACCCAAAAUGAAACCUACCUUAAUCUCGACCUAAACCCCAAUGAAGACCCUUAAAUAAUCCCUUUUCCAAUUUUAAUGCCAUAGACAGGCCGAAACCUAAUCCUUUAAUCCCCAACUGAAACCCAAUGAAGAACCUAAAACAAUCCCAAUACCAUACCCAGAUUGAAACCUGAUCUUUACUUUAAUUACAACCUGAACCCCUGUUAAAACCCUAAAAUAAUCCCAAUUCCAAUGCCAUACCCAGAUUGAAAUUUAACUUUAUACCCCUAUGAAGACCCUAAAAUAAUCAAAAUUCCAAUGCCAUACCCAGAAUGAAUGCUUGUCUUUACUUUAAAACCAACCUAAAUCCCAAUGAAGACCCUAAAACAAUACCAAUACCAUAACCAGAUUGAAACAUAAACCUUAAUUUAAUCCUAACCUGAACCCCUACGAAGACCUUUAAAUAAUUCCAGUGCCAUACCAAGAUUGAAACCUAAUAUUUACUUUAAUCCCAACCUGAAUCCCAUCAAAGACCCUAAAAUAAUCCCAAACCCAAUGCCAUACCCAGAUUGAAUGCUAGUCUUUACUUUAAACCCAACCAUGAACACCGAUGAAUACCAUUAAACUAUCCCAUUGCCAUAACCUGAUUGAAAUUUAACCCUUACUUUAAUCCCAAUCUGAACCCCAAUGUAGACCCAAAAAUAAUCCCAUUCCCAAUUACAUACUCAGAUUGAAACCUAAUCCUUUCUUUAAUCCCAACCUAAACCCCAGGGAAGACCCCAAAAUAAUCCCAAUGCCAUACUCAGACUGAAAAUCAUUCAUUUAAUCUCAACCUGAACCCAGAUGAAGACCCUAAAAUAAUCCCAUUCCCAAUUACGAAUUUCGAAUUCAUAUUUCCUAAAUCCAAUCUCAAAUGCACAUAGCCAAAAGAUGAUUGAUUGUGUGAGUUGCCUGCGUUACUCUGUUUUUAGAAAAUACAGCAAAGAUCGUAAGACUUGAAAACCUUUGACCUUAACUUUACUGGCGGUUAUCAUUUGAACUAAAUAUUAAAGAAGUGUAAUAUUUUGGUAUUUUUUGGUGUGGGGAGAUAGGUGACUGAUAGUUUUGUGUGCGGGCCAGCAUCUUAUUCUGUAGAUGAUUCUACAAAUUUGCUGUGUUUGCUUUGGAAGACUAGAGUGCACCAAUACACAGCAACCCCUUAGCUGCAUUCAUAAUGAUACUGCGUGAUGAAAUAAUGAAAUGAAAGCAAUAAAAGUAUUGCAAUGUGAUGUCCCACCCUUAACUCCAGUUUACUCCACCAUGCUAUUCUGCCAGUGUUAAGUCUGUAUGUGAAAGCUUUAGCUGCAAAAAUAUAAUGUUGCAGUGGAAUAUGUAUUAACAUUUUUAGAUCAUUGAUGAUACCUGAACAUAAUUUUAUGAAAACAUCUUGCAUUUUAUCUUUUUGUUUUCUUUAACACUGUCUUUAAAAAGUCAGCAUGAGAAUCAAUGUAACUCGGUGUUAUUAUUAGAAUAAAAAAAGUAUUCAGAUUUAGCUUUGGACAAAUCUGCUUUGUGCAAAUAUCUAUCCUUAUAUUUGCAUUGCGUUGCAGCGCGAGACAUGAAGCACCUGAUAUCAACAGCAAAAUAGUUCUUCUCAUACAGCACAAUUAAACUUUGCAUAAUAACAAUGAUGGAUCAGUAGAGCCCUUGGAAGGGUGACAUGGAAAUUACUUUUCCUCUUACAAAUCUUUCAAUCCAUUUAUCCGGCAAGGUGUGAUCAAGAUCCUGUUACUUUUCCUGUUUAAAAUGCCAUCAAACUAUGUAAUAUUAAUGAAAAUAAAAAAAUAAAAUAAAAAAACAACAAGCUACAUGACUAAAAUGCUGACGCUUCUCUAAAUGUAAAAUCUUACCGCAUCUAGACUUGCUGCUGCUCAUGUGAUUGUUUAUUGCAAAUAUUUGCAUAUGCUCUGCACGAUUCGCAUGAGUGACCAAAAGAAUAUAAAAUAUUCUCUGGUUGUCUUAAUUUUUAAAUUAGACAUAUAUAUAUAUAUAUAUAUGGAUAAUAAAACCAAACUUCCAUAGCUCACUCUCUCAUUGGCUGUGCAAGGCAGUAGCAGGAAAUGAUCAUAAGGUGUGAAAUGUGUACAUGCACAUAUAGGGCAGGUGAGAUACCUGUACAUACCCACACACACACCGAAGACACACCUUUACAAUCCUGUGCAGAUGUGUGGAGUAAGCACACCUUUUUUGCUGAGAGUGAUUUAAAAGUGUGAAUGUGUUGAAACAAGCCCUCACUCUUUUGUUUUACUUGUUUAAAAUAUUGCUCUUGUUCUACACUUUACCAUACUUGUUCAUGGGCAGCUUGCUUUUAUUUUUUAUCGAUAACACAAUGUAUAGCCUUUUUAUAAAAAUGUACUUUAGUUAUUGCUAUGAUACGCUUAUAAAAUCACCUAAAGAACACUAUCAUUUUGUUAUUUUGUGUUGCGGUUUACUGUUUUAUUUGGAUAACCCUUUGUCUAAAUUACUCCUAUAGAGGGACAUUCACAUUAGAUAAUAAUUCACUGUGAAUUUGAUUUUGAAUGGCUUUUCAGCAUUAUUUCAUUUAACUGCGUUAGAUAAAAGCAAAGGGGCCGGGUCAUAGGGCAUGAAUAAAUCGGAAUAUGAAUUUCACUGUUUACUAGAUUCUGUGCUUAAAAUGCUUGAAUGUCACCUAGUCAUUCACUUAGAUCCAAGAUGGCUAGAGCUGACGUGGACUCUCACUCACUAUGUAAACUCACAAACUGUUCGCCUACUGGGCUGUUUUUGAUCAAUGCAGUGUCACUCUUGCCAUCUACACAUCCAAAAAAAGAAAGAAAAGAUUUGCAAUUGUAUUUCAAUCAAUGCCAAGUACUAACAGCCAAACUGUCACCCAAUAAAAAGUAUGUGUAUUUCAGAGAA